GACGAUCAAACACAUCUCGAGCUCGUUCGACGUCGACGACGUGAAUUUUGGCGUAACGCGCGAACUUUCACUUUCCGUCCAGAUAUUUUACCGAAAUCUUACGCGAGACGACCAAUCAGUUCCUAUCGAAUCGUAUACGAGGGGCUUAUCGCGCAAGUUACACGUGAAAAUAGAACAUUUGAAGAUUUUGUGGUCUUCGUCAACAUUCCAUCGACAACCGUAACACAAUGCUGAAAACAAUCGUGACGCUUGGCUUAACGCUGAUGCCGACGCUGAUUUCGUGCGACGUCGCAGAAGAUGAGCCUCCCAGGCCGUACGCGUUUGGGUACGCAGCCGGUCGAUUCCCGGGCCACAUCGACAGGACGCAUUCGGAGGUGUCCGACGGUUCCGGAAUCGUCCAAGGCUCUUACUCCUACGUAGACCCGCAGUAUAAAAUACGCAAAGUAGAUUACGUGGCCGAUAAAAACGGUUUCCACCCGGUCCUCAAUGACGCGCCUGCGCCUUUGCCGAGCGAUACGCCAGUGGUGGCGGCAGCCAAAACGAGACACCUGGUUCAAUACAAUCGGAUAGCGAACGCCAACCGCGUGGCCCCCGACGGUGUUAUAGUUCCGAUCGAAUCCCAAGCUGUCCACAACGCCAAAGUGAGACACCUGACGCUCUUCCAUAAAAUUGCCGAAGAACACGCGCGGAUUUCCGCGCAAAGGGAAGCUGAAAGAUUGGCCCACGAAGCCGCCCAUCCCAACUCGUUGGAACAAAAUGUUUAACACUUAGGGGGCUGUUAUACGACCGCCGUCCCUUUGCUGUUGUGUCUGUCGUUUAAGUACCGUUUACUAUGCGAUAGAGUUUAUUUUCACUUUUGAAUGUGCAAAAUGUUAAAAUAAGAUCAGGUACAUUUUUACAUCGUCGAAGAAAGAUAAAACAUAUAUAAAUACAUACAAAUAUAAAUAUAUAAAGUAUAAAAAGAUAUAUUACUCACAUACAGGGUGUCAACCGACAUGACUGUCAUAGUUUGUGAAUGUGUUGCCGGGGUGAACAGCAUUCUAACUGAGCUACAUGCAUUUGCAAUUUUAAAGACCAUUUAAAAGAAACCCGUUUAUUUUUUAGUUUAUUACUUUUUAUUUAUUGAUAUUUUAUUUAAUUGAAUUAAUUGUUCACAAUUUCCACCCAGUUGCUAUAU